AUGUCAACAAAUGAAACAUACACUAUAAUGAAUUAUUCAUUGACAUAUUCAAUUAAGUUUGCUGUGUUACUUGCACUUCAAAUUCCUUCAAUUCUAGUCUCACUUACAAUCUUUAUUUAUUUUGGUUACAAUCAUACUGCUCUUGUCAAAUAUCAUAAUCAUUCUAUACUUAUUUUACUUUUAAUCAAUUUUUUUCAAGUCAUUUCUGAUCUUCCUAUGCCAAUGAGUUUCUUUCAUUUGAAUGGAAUUGUUCAACCAGCUACAUCAGCAUAUUGUACUUGGUGGACAUGGUAUGAGUUUUCAUUAAAUACUACUAAUGGUUUUAUCAUGGCUUGGAUUUCUAUUGAACGUCAUCUACUAAUAUUUCAUAGUUAUUUUAUUCGAAAUAUAGGUAUUCGGAAACGACGAUUACUUCAAAUAGUUCCUUUAGUAUUUUGUUGUAUUUGGGGACCAUUGUAUUAUACUUAUGCUAUAAUAAUUAGUUCUAUGUGUACAAAUACUCGAUAUUUUGAUAGUCUUUUAUGUGGUAUGCCAUGUUAUUUAUUCACUAGCUGGGGUACAUUUGAUCUGUUUUUUGAUGUUAUAUUUCCAGUAUUGACUAUUUUUAUUUUUAAUCUUGCUCUUUUCGUACGUGUUAUUCAACAAAAGUUAAUUGCUGCUGGUCCUAUUCGAAACAAUUGGCGGCGUCAAAGAAAAAUGGCUUUUCAACUAGGAAUUAUUUCUUUUGUUUAUCUUGCUGUUUGGAUUCCAUUAUCGAUAGCUCAACUUGGUCAAAUCUAUAUCGAUUCAACUUUUCUUUUUACACAAUUAGAUACAUUUAAUUUUCUUGUUUACAUUGUACCUCUUGUUCUACCUAUGGUUUGUCUUAUGUCAAUGCCUGAACUUAUUAAGAAAUUAAAAACUCUUAUAUUCAGACAACAUCAUACAGUUAUAAUGCCUUCUAAUAAUCAAUCAAUUCAACAGAAUAACAAAAUUCAUCCAUCAAGAAGAAUUGCAGAGACACGAUUUUGA